UAAUCACAUAAUCGUACUUCCAGAUUCGUCGCUACGAUUCAGCGCCAUAAUUUUGGUAUCGCCUAAAAUCGUAGCGUUGUGCAUCUCCCUACUCAUCUCUGCUGUACAUACAUACAUUCUGGUAUCGACGGGCCACCUAGACGGAGAAACCACAAAACUCACUCAUCUCCGGUUGUACAUACAUUCCCGCCUUUUCUGAACUAGCUGGCACUACGAGCCAUCAUUAAUUCACUUAUAAGUACGAGUGUGCUAUUAGAAGAAUUUGAUCAUGUCGCAGAUAAAUGGUGCACAGAGCAUUUUAAAAUUUGCAAAACUAUCCGAGAAAGCAUUCGCGCCGAUGAAAGGAUCUGCUGCUGCUGCUGGAUAUGAUUUACGAAGUGCCUAUGAAUAUGUAGUUCCUGCAAGAGGAAAACAACUGAUUAAAACAGACUUGCAAAUUGAAGUUCCUAGUGGAACUUAUGGUAGAGUUGCUCCACGCUCUGGUUUGGCAUGGAAGAAUCACAUUGAUGUUGGUGCUGGAGUAAUUGAUGCUGAUUAUAGUGAAGAGAAUGUGUGGAAACUCUGUCAGGAGGUUGCUACUAAACACGGAGCUGAGCUACAACACUGUCAUGUCGCUUUUAUAAGUAAUCCAGGUCGUAGCGUACCCCUGUGGCGACAACGUGCUGGCAAGGAUGAGGAUAAACUGGUUGUCUGGGACUAUCACGUUAUACUUAUCUACGCGCCGGAUGAAAGAGCCGUUGUAUAUGAUCUUGAUAGCGCUUUACCCUUUCCUACUCACUUUUGGAAAUACGCUACUGAAACAUUCAGGUCGGAUGAAGCUUUGCGCCCAGAAUAUCAUAGGAGAUUCAGACUUGUUCCUGCUAGUGUUUACCUACAACAAUUUGCAUCGGAUCGACAUCACAUGAAACGCGAGGAUGGCACGUGGAUUAAAACUCCACCGGAUUAUCCGCCAAUUUCUAUACCAACAUGCAAAGACAAUCUGGAUACAUUUAUCAAUAUGGAACAAGGGACUGGAUUAGGUGUCAUUAUGAGUUUAAAACAGCUAGUCAAUAGAUUUUAUAGACCAAGCGUUACGCCUGUGGCGCCACCACCCCCUCAGCCACAAGCUACACCGACUUAAAUAAAUUUCUCAUAAUGGUUUUGUACGGAGCGAUCCCAAUUUGAUUCCAUUUGAAAUUUGAAUACUAUUCGUACGGCCUAAGGAAAUUGGUAGGAUCUUGUCCCAGGAGAAGAGAGUUUUGUGGAAAUCUAUUAAAGAAUUGCCAGCUUUUGUCAACGGUUCAACGCAAAUGGCGAUUUCUGUGCUGAUGCACUAAUUAUUUUAGGUCACAAUGUUCAUUUGGAACCGACAAACUUCUGCUACUUUAUAUUCGAAGAUUAUACGAAAUUUCUUUGCUUUAAGGAAGGAAAAUAUUGAAAUAAUUUAUCGACGGUUAUUUACAUUUUCUACAUUUCCAUAUGUCUAAUUCUCACAUGUUUAUGCAGAAAAUUUGCAAAUUACUCGUUUCAAUAUAUUGAAAUUUGCACAAUGCAUAAUGAAUUUUUUAAAAUUGGAUAUGUUCACCGUGACGAAACACAUUUACGGUAAUGUCGGUUCCAGUCCAAAAAUGAGCAAAUCGAACGCAAAAAAAGCGUCAAGUCGUUAAAACGUAAUCCUUCGCUUUUAAUCUAACACUCGAUUAAAUUAAAUAUACUCUCUAUCCAUCUCAAAAAAAAAAGAUGAAAAACAAAAAAAAUACCAGGGGCCCAAAAAGACUUGAAUCUCUCUAUCGAAAUUCACUUGCGCGUUAAAAUGAAAAUGAAAAAAUGGAUAGAUUCUUAUCGCCACCGUAAUGCUUUUUUCACAUUUUUCUCAGCCGCUUUAUCACUGUAUUUUUAUCCACAUAUCUAAUGUCUACCCCUCCAUUUUAUAUCCCCCUUUACAAAAGCUUUCGAGUCCUUGAUAUUAUUACAAUUAACGGCAGCACAUAACUUCAUAAGAAACGAUAACAUUAACAAUCCGUUAGAUAUUUUACACACAUUUAAUUCCCAUCAGUCAUACAUUUUUGUCGCAAAGACUUACGUACUGUAUACCCCUUUUUUUUAUUACGCUUCGACCUCUUGAAAUUUGUAUUGAUUAACCCUUGUCUCAAAGACUGAUGUAUUUAGCAACAAUUCAUAUACUCGACAAUGAUUGUUUGACGCGUUAGAUGCGCUUUAAUUAAAUGAUUGUGCGAUUGAUAUAUCGUAAAUAUUAUAUAAAUAUACACAAUGCGAGCAAACAAAUAAAAGUUUGUUUGCUAAGAUCUAGGAUAACGUAAAUUAAAUUACGAUUAUUGUCAUUCAUGUGAUACUUUCUACUUUCUACUUUGUAUACCUACUAAGAAUACCUGUAUACAUACUUGUCUAUAACGUUUGUACUUUACAAUUCAAAAUAACCGCGCGUUUGCUCGUUCGAUCGAUCAUUAAUUUUACACUGGGUACACGUUAAAUGCUCUAGGCGAAUAAUUAGCCAGUGGCAUUGUUUGGCUAAUUAAACUCAGCUACACCCGCAUACACAUUUGUACCGUGACACAACAGAACGACCAAUUUUGUCAACAUCGAAAUAAGAGCAGCUAACACAAGUCAACGAAUAUAUUUUUCUGGCUGCGCGCGUUAGCGAUCUCGACAACGAAAUCAUCUGAUUACAAUAAAGUAAUUGGAGUUAGCUAAAACGUUCUUAUCAAAGUGAAAUUCAAGAAUUGAUACACCCUCGAUUCUAACCUGACGUAAGAGGUCUUGUAAAAGUAUUUGAAAAUUAUAACUCGUAUCUUAGUGCGCUAUUUUAUUAGUAUUAAAAUAAAUUAUAGACCUUAUUUCGAACCUAACCUAACGAGCAAAUGGCGGUUGUGCGUUAACUUGACAACUUUUGCUAGAUCAAUUUUUCACUGUAACGCAAUGCCGAAUAUCGUCUUCGUAUACACAGUAUUCACGGUUCAGUCACACUUUUUGCCUUCCAAAGAUUUUCUUCACCUUUUAUCUUGUAUGGUUCAUUAUCGUUCAAAUUUAUCUAGACUCCAAGACACUUUGCAAACGUGUACUGAUAUCGUUGUAAGUCAGUGAGAGAGUUCUACAGGAAAUUCUAUGAACAAAAAAUAAACGAUACUUCGUAUGUUUACGUCGAACGAGACUCAUUCUUUCUCUUUGGAUUAAAAGGAAAAUUUAAUAUGAACUUUCUAUGCUUCUUCGAAAGAAAAGAACAUCUGAUAAGUCAAAUUUUCGAGUUACUAUCGUACUCUCGUAAUUUAUAUAAAUAAAUGAAUCCCGGCGUCGAAAAGAUUAAUGCGAGGAUUCUCAAUUAUAAUAAUGAGAUGCUGACCGUAAUUUCGGUUAGAUUUUGUAUAUUAAUUCCUAAUUAAAUAUAUAUAUAUAUAUAUUGAUAGAUGAGAAAUUAAUGAAUUUCAUCAAUGAAAUUGGUAUAUGAAUAUUUUGUCAGGAGGGGUAAAAACCUUUGUCGUUCGACGUAUAUCAAAAAAAAUAAUUGUAUAUCAUAAAACAAAUUAUAUAUAUAUACACAGAUAUAUUUAUCAACAUUUCAUAUUUAUUAUAAUGAUAUAUUGUAACUAUAUUGUAUCGAAUUGGAUAUAUAUAUCUAUACGAGCGUUGAUGGUGAAACUGCGAUUAUACAAUGUUUUUAUAACUGUCGCCAUUGAGUGACUUUAAAGAUUAACAUCGUCAUUCUGUGAUUUGCCAACACCGGAUAACGACGCGAAAAUUAAUUGAUCUCGCUUUAUUGUAAUUUGCUACGGCGUUACAAAUGCCGGUUGUUCAUUAAUUUUAACUUGUCACUUCAAUUUAUCUGUAACGAAUAUUCUUUUUUCUGUCUCUAUCUGAUAAUGUCUAUAUUAGAAAUCACAAACUUCAUCAUUGAAACUCUUUAUCGUCUGGACAACAAUAAUAAUAAAUAAUGGACGCUCCGUUUGUUCCAGCUUUCCAAUUCUGGAAGUUGAAA